AUGAAUUUCCAAACAAAUCUAACAGAAAUCGAGAGCGAAAUCGAAGAGGUAGGCAUCUUUGCCAGAAGGGGACAGGUGAUGAGAUCACCGCCGCUGAACCAACCACCAGCACCAAAACCCACAAGCGAUAAAUCUAUCGGAGAGCAGCCAAACCUGCAAUACGAGAAAACUAAGCUGGGUGAGGCCAAAAGAGCAUCUGACGAACUCUACGAGUACAUUAAGCCUAGCAGUAACGUUCACGCCGUCAUAAGGACCUUGACAACAAAAAUCAAAUCGGCACUUGCAGCAGCCGAACGCGAGCAACAAUUCUGGAGAGCAAGAGCAGAAAAGGCGGAGAAUGCACUGAAAGAGAAUGUGCAGAGUAAGCCGAUAGAAGCGAUCUCGACACCAAUGAGUGACAGUACCCCGUUAACCGCGAAAAGGAAAAGACUAACUCCUGAAGAGAAAAGGGCAGCAAAGAAACAGAAAGAUGGUAGCGAUGUUGCCAAUGGUGAAAACAGUCAGAACAAUGAAGAGAUAAAUGAGUGGAAAAUGAUCGAAAGAAAGAAAAGAGAAGAGAAGAAGAAAGAUAAACUGAAGCCUAGGUUGGAGAGGCCAAAGCCGGACGCUCUGAUUGUGGCUACAGCGGGCGCUGCAACGUAUGCUGAGAUCUUGCGAAAAGUAAAAGAGGAUCCGUCCCUGAAAAAUCUCGGAGAAAACGUGGCCAAAAAGGACCCAACGAUUAAAAGCUCAACUUAUAAAGAGCUUGUCGAGAAAUCGUUGGGCGAAACAGCGAAAGUGAAAGCUCUGUUCCAAGAAACAGUUGUAGAAUGUAGAAACCUAGAUGAGAUCACUACAGAUACCGAAUUGAGAGUAGCCCUUAAGACUGCCAAGAACCGCAGCCAGCAAGCUGUUGGAGGCUGGGCAACGCUGCAAAAGUGCCUGGAUGGGGGGUACUUUCCAGACAUGUGGAAGAAGCAGAGACUGGUCCUACUGCCAAAACCAGGAAAGCCACCAGGGGAUCCAUCCUCGUAUAGACCGAUUUGCCUCCUUGAUACCCUUGGGAAACUGUUAGAGAAGAUCAUCCUCAACAGGCUGUCAAGAUGCACAGAAAGUGAACACGGACUCUCGAGGAUACAGUUCGGAUUUCGGAAAAAUAAAUCUACGGUGGAUGCCAUCUUGUCAGUUGUCGAAGCAGCUGAAAAAGUGUUGAAGCAGAAAAAAACGUGGAAAUCGAUUUUGUGCAGUAAUUACGGUCAACGUAAAAAAUGCGUUCAACAGUGCCAGCUGGGAAGCUAUCGCCGAAGCGUUGCACAGACUGACGGUACCAAACUAUACAAGGGACAGGAGUCAUUUAACAUAACAGCGGGUGUCCCACAGGGUUCCAUCUUGGGUCCAACACUAUGGAAUGGAAUGUACGAUGAAGUGCUGAGGUUGAAGCUUCCGCAGGGUGUAGUGAUUACCGGCUUCGCCGACGAUAUAUCCUUGACGGUAACAGUCAAGUCCCGAGAGGAAGUAGAAAUGUUGGCUACUGAGGCAAUACAAACUGUUGAAGAUUAG